AUGGCCGGUAAGCAGUCGUACACAACAUUCGUCCCUACAACCGCCACCGUCAGACCACUCACAGGUGGCACAAAGAGACGAUACCGCGGGACGAAAACAUCCUCAACGGAACACACCGUGCUAACCAUGAAGCCAGACGAACCGCGCCGCUCCGGUCGGGCCACCAAAGGCCAGCACAAGAAUCUCGAACUACCCGACGCUCCUUCGAAAAAGGGCAAGAGCAAAAGCCCCAAAGACCAAAAAGACAAGUCUAGCAAAGCCUCCGCCGAGCCUACCCCCGGUCCUAGCGAUGGAGAAGAGGAGGAGAUCAUUCGAUGCAUCUGUGGAGAAUACGAGGAAGAAGAAGAUGUCGAGCGCGACAUGAUCUGCUGUGACCAGUGCUCUGCGUGGCAACACAAUGACUGCAUGGGAUUGACCUUCGCCAAGGGGCAAGAACCCGAUCAAUACUAUUGCGAGCAGUGCAAGCCCGAGAACCACAAGAUCCUCCUGGACAAGAUUGCAAAGGGCGAGAAGCCCUGGGAAGAAGUCGCCGAGAGACGACGACAGGAGGCCGAGGACAAGAAGUCCAAGCGGAAGAAGGGCAAGAAGGGUAGCCGGAAGAGUCAAGGCAAGACUGAAAUCAGCACUCCAGCUCGUGCUGGAACCUCUGCCACACCAGGACCUGGUCCAUCCCCUGCCACUGGUGCAUCUGCUUCAGCCGAGCCGGAAAAGAAUGGAAACGGUGGCGACUCACGGCGAUCAAGCACCAACAAGCGCAAGCUUGAGGAGAGCGUGGAGGCUGAUAUGGUGAGAAAUUCUGUUGCACUUCAUAGCACGAAGAGACAUGCUAAUCUGUUUGACUAUCAGGGCCCGCAAGUUAAGCAGCAAAGAGUCUCUUCUCCAUCUACGACGGGGCUCGCUUCAAAGCUCAAGGCAGAGUCUCCAGCAGAGACCCCGGCUGGGGCUACUGUGGACGCGCUUGUGAACCCAGCUCGCAAGAGUGCGGCUACCGCGCUCAUCAGGCUAUUUGUAGAUCAGAUUACGGCGGCCCAGAGGAGAGGCUCAUACACGCCGUCUGCUGGACACUCGGCCGAAGAUGCUGCACGGCAACUUGGGCUCUCUAUCGAGGAUGCCAUGUAUCACAGUUUCUGCGGACGUGCGGGCGAGCCUACCGAGCCAUAUAAGUUGCAACUACGAACGAUCCUGUUCAACGUAAAGAAGAAUCCUUCUCUACGGGAUCGCUUGCUUGUAGGUAGUUUGUCCCCUGAAUCUCUAGCUAGGAUGAAACCGGAGGACAUGGCUAGCGAGGAGUUGCAGCAAAAGGAUGCAGAGAUCAAGAGGGAGUCUGAGCGCCAGCACGUUAUUAUUCAGGAACAGGGACCCCGGAUUCGACGAACGCAUAAGGGCGAAGAGCUGGUGGAAGAUGAAACCCACAAUGCUGCAACAGAGUCGGUCUUCUCUGCAGGCCCUCGCCGCGCCACGGAGGCCGAUGGCAUCCCAGGAAACCAAAGCCCACUUACUCCAAAGGUUCAGCAGUCGAACCACGGCCGCGGCCAUUCACCUACCGGCGGACAUCAUGACCAUGUCUUCCCCGAAGUUUCGACCAACAUUCGCGAGCCUGUCCCUCAUGGUGGCAAGAUCCAGGCCGAUGCUGAAAUUGACCAGCUGCUCCGCGACGACGAGCCCGAAUCUCCUCCUUACUCACCAAAGGACUUCAACAAUGACGAUGGUCUCGUCUGGCGCGGCAAAGUCGCCAUGAUCCCCGUUUCGGAAUUUACAUCCUCUGCGAAGCAUGUCGGAGGUGCAGACCUGAGUGGACGAAUCUCAUGGAGCCAGCUAGCGCCCCCAACGUUGCUGGUCGAUGGCCGUAUUGACAUUCAGCUCGCCAGCAGCUAUCUUUGCGGUCUUCGAUUCAGCUCCUCCACAGAUGUCUCCGUGAUCGCCAUCAGCAGCCCAGAUCUACCCAGCGAGCGUGCGGGCUUUGACAAACUAUUUGACUACUUCAAGAAUCGCUCGCGUUAUGGUGUUAUCGGCAAACAUCCGUUGUCGGCUGUUAAGGACACCUACAUCAUCCCCAUUGAGGCCGGUACCACUACGAAACCUGAAUUCAUCGAGCUGUUAGAAAACAACACCCUCGACGACGUUAUCGACGAGCGUACUCUUCUCGUUGUCUUUGUCGUCAAGACAGGCGAAUCCAACCCACCUUCAGUGCAGCCGCCAUCCCAUCAGCCUAGCCAAGAACCAGGUGUCUCUGCAAGCCCGCUAACCGCUGCUGGUGCAACACCUCAGCAACCGCCGUUCAUGACUCCCGGACACGGCUCAACUCCCCAGGUGGCGCCGACACCCCCUACCACUCUCGGUGUAGCCGCCCCGAAUCCCGCUGCGUAUGCUCAACAGCCAGCUACACAGCCAGGCCAGUUCCCAGGAUUCCAGCAACAAGCGCUCACCGGCGUAGCCGCCGCUAUCCAGGUGCUGGGCACACAAGUCAAUGCGCCGGCUAUUCAACAACUUCUCAAGACGGCGCCCAAUGUGGACGUGGCGCAGUUGAACGUCGUCCGCGACAUCCUGGUUCGACAGCCAGCAGCAGCAGCCAACUAUGAGGCCCUCAUGCAGGCGCUGUUCGAAACUCAGGCGAACGGCCACGUCCCUGUAGCGAAUGCCUAA